AAGAGAUCCCAAUCAAUGGUCCGUUUCAGAUAUCGCAAACUGGCCCUGAAGUACCAUCCAGAGCGAAACAGCGAAGAAGGAGCUGCAGAGAAGUUCCGACAAAUAGCCGAGGCUUAUGAUGUACUCUCCGACAACAGAAAGAAAGCAGUGUUUGACCAGUUUGGGGAGGAGGGUCUGAAGCAAGGAGUUCCAGAGGGUCAAGACCACACAGAGGCCUGGACACAGGGUUAUACUUUCCACAACGAACCUCUCAAGGUCUUCACCGAGUUCUUCGGGGGGCAGAACCCGUUCGCAGAGUGGUACGACAGACGGGAUGGGGAGCUGGACAUGGGAUUCGGAGGUCUGCACGGGAGGGGGCGAAAGCAGCAGGACUCCCCCAUAGAGCGGGAUCUCUACCUGACCCUGGAGGAGAUAUACCACGGCUGCAUCAAGAAGAUGAAAAUAUCAAGAAGAGUUAUGAAUGAAGACGGACACACCUCGAGCAUCAGAGACAAGAUUCUGACGAUCACUGUGAAGCCUGGAUGGAAGGCAGGGACUAAAAUAACAUUUCCCAAAGAGGGCGACCAGGGGCCAAACACGGUGCCCGCCGAUAUAGUGUUCAUCCUCAAAGACAAGCCCCACCCCCGCUUCGAGAGAGUGGGCAACGACCUAAUCUACACUGCCACUAUACAGCUGGGAGAAGCGCUGACCGGGUGCAACGUGUCCAUCCAGACCCUGGACAACCGGGAGUUGAACAUCCCUGUGAACGAAAUUAUCACUCACGGAUACCAGAAGAAGGUGUUGAACGAGGGGAUGAAAAUUUCGAACCCGCGGGAUAGUGGCAAAGUAGUGGGAGAUCUGUUUAUCAAGUUCAACAUAGUUUUCCCGCAGAGUCUAACGCCCGAUAAAAAACAGCUGAUCAAGGCCGCCCUCUUGUGACCAUACAAUUAAAGCUGUGACCAUACAAUUCACACGAAAACAGACCACACGUUAGAUAUGAGGUCAUCUGAACACGGAAAUAAAUCGGCAAAAAAUCUGCUAAAACAGAAAUUCGUGGAAAUAUUAAAUUCUUUUUUUUUAUAUAAAAAUUAAUUAAAUUUUUUCUUUUCA